AAUUGUUUCUUCUUAAUUGCAAUAAUACGAAAGUAAAAUUUGUGAACUUGGAUAUGCCUCCAAUUCUUGAUUUUAUAUAUGUCAAACCGAAUUGCCUCCAAGAUCUUUUCUGUGAACCACGUUAUAUAAGUUUUUUUAAUUUUGGGUCAUAUCAUUAAUUUCAUCUCUCCCUCCAAUUGUAAUGGGUUCUGAAGAAAACCAGCUUCACUUUGUUUUGUUUCCUUUCAUGGCCCAGGGCCAUAUGAUUCCCAUGGUUGACAUAGCCAAGCUGCUGGCACAGCGUGGAGUAAUUAUCAGUAUAAUCACUACGCCAGUUAAUGCAGCUCGAAACAGAAAAGCAUUUAAUCGGAUUACAGAAUCCGGACUUCCACUCCGAAUAAUCGAACUUCCGUUCCCAUGUGCAGAAGGAGGAUUUCGGGAAGGGUGUGAAAAUCUUGACAUGAUUGAUUCACUUGGCUCAGGCUUGGACUUCUUAAACGCAGCUCAGUUACUUCAGGAGCCAGUAGAAAAAUUGUUCCAGCAGUUAAAACCGCAGCCAGAUUGCAUAAUCUCUGAUAUGUGUUUGCCCUAUUCAGCACAUAUAGCUGCCAAGUUUAACAUUCCAAGAUUCAUUUUCCAUGGAUUUUGUUGCUUCACCCUUUUGUGCGUGCACAAUUUCUUUCGCUACGGUGGCCCGGAGAGUAUGACCUCGGAGUCAGAUUACUUUCUUGUGCCACGUUUGCCCGAUAAAGUUGAAUUCACCCUUCCUCAGCUAUUUGAUUCUAUGAAUCUAAAUUCGUUUAACGAGAAAGUUGCUGCAGCUGAACGACUCACAUAUGGAGUCAUCAUAAAUACUUUUGAGGAAUUGGAGCCUGCUUAUGUUAAGGAAUUUAGAAAGGAAAAAUGUUGCAAAGUAUGGUGUAUUGGCCCGGUCUCACUAUACAACAAAGACUACGUGGACAAAGUUCAAAGAGGUAACCAAGCAGCAAUUGAUGAUAGCCAAUGUUUAAAGUGGCUUGAUUCAAAAGAUCCUGGUUCCGUAAUCUACGUUUGCCUUGGAAGUCUGUGUAAUGUAAUUCCUUCACAGUUGAUAGAACUUGCGUUAGGCUUAGAAGCAUCAAAUAGGCCAUUCAUUUGGGUUGCUAGGGGGGGAACAGAAACAUCCAAAGAGUUAGAAAAAUGGCUUAUAGAAGAUGGUUUUGAGGAAAGGACCAAAGAGAGGGGGCUUGUGAUCAGGGGUUGGGCCCCGCAAGUUCUUAUUUUGUCACACCGUGCAAUCGGUGGGUUCUUAACACAUUGCGGUUGGAAUUCGACGCUAGAAGGCGUGUGUGCUGGGCAGCCAAUGGUGACCUGGCCACUCUUUGGGGACCAAUUUUGUAAUGAGAAACUUCUUGUUCAAAUACUCAAAAUUGGAGUUAGUGUUGGGGUGAAACAUCCUGUGAAGUGGGGAGAAGAAGAAAAAAUUGGGGUGCUGGUGAAGAGAGAAGAUAUAAAAAAUGCCGUGGAAAGGUUGAUGGAUGGAGGAGAAGAACGAAGACAAAGAGCUAAAGAGCUUGGAAAGAUGGCAAAAUUAGCUGUCCAAGGAGGGGGAUCCUCUCAAAUCAACACUGCUCUUCUACUUGAUGAUAUCAAAAAACAAGUUCGUUCCAGGAAAAAGCCUGCUGAUAUAUGAGAGGAUUACGCAAGUUAUACAAAGAUUGCUGCUUGACCUUUCAUUAUUCAUUUCAGAUAGAAUAGUUUUCAGUUGUAUGUUUCAAUAAUUUGAAAAUGUAGCUGGCUUGCUAUGUUGAUGAAGACAACCAUCUUGGAUCAGUGAAAAUGCAUGAAUAAACCGUCCAUAUGUUUGUAUUUACCAUUA